CCACCGAAUUUGAAACCGAAAACAUUAGCUUAGCUCGUGUUAGCUUAGCAGGUCAAUCAUUAGCCUGCUGUGUCUGUCCAAAUUCAUUCACUUAACACAAUACACCACAAAACAUGGAGAAGUUAGCUGCUUUUAUACCUGUUUUAACUCUUUUGUGUGCUUCCUGGCAAAGUGCAGAGGGAAAUAGAGGCUAUUCAUACGCAGAUUGCACCUAUGUGAAAGGAGACAGUGCCCACAAAUAUUCUGGGAGUCGAUGCUUCUGUUACAGUCCUGGUACAGUAAUCAAAUGGAAGGACAUCUGGUCCACCUUCAAGGUAAACGUGACAAGUGAUGAGGAUGUCUUUGUCGUGUUCCCCAUGGAGACUGGAAAUUGCCACCAUCCGGAUGAUCUUUUUACAGUUGUUAACUGCUUUGUUGAACACUACUGGCCAUCCGUUAUCCAAAGGGAGAAGUCUUUGGACAUUCCUCUGGUGGGUGAAGAUGUCUGCUUUAUGACCAAAUCGCUUAGGAGCAAUACUGAGUAUACACUACAUGUCUCCAACAAAAGGAUAAAUAGAAUGUGCUUCCUGCUUUUUGUGUGUGGGCUGGUGCUGUUUUUCGGAGCGGGAAACAUAUGCAGGAGCUCAUUGUUUUUCUACACCACCGGAGUGACACUGGGAGUCAUCGGCACGUUUGUUUUCCUGACGCUUGUCCUCCGAAACGUCGUGCCAACGCGAGGGCUGUUUCUGGUGUUGUUGGGUGCUGGCUCUGGUCUGUCCUACAUGGGGAUCCAGAGGGUGUUAAAUGAAUGGGAUGACAUCGUGACUGAGCACUGGAUAGAAUUACUGGCUUAUGUGCUAAUAGCGGGCUUAGUUAGCUUUGCUGUAUGCUAUAAACACGGUCCAAUCACCAACAAACACACCCUCAACUUUUUGACCUGGUGUAUGCAAGCACUGGGCAUGGUGUUGUUGUAUUAUGGAAUCACAUUUCCACCCGCCUGCUACGUACUAAUCAUGUUCCUGUUGUGCUGGAAGAUAUUGCCCUUAGCCUGGAGCCUUCUGCUCUUGGUCUGGAGCCUUUUGAUGUGGAUUUGCAGUCUCUUUUACUCCUUCCUGGGCUUGUUCUGGAGAAAGAAAAGGACUAAGGUCAGGCUACUGACUGAGGAGGAAUACAGAGAGCAGGGAGAAAUCCACACCAGAGCCUCUCUGGAUGAAUUACGGGAGCACUGUAACAAGCCUGGCUUUCCUGCAUGGGACACUGUGUUGAGGCUCAGAUCGCCUCAGAAGUUUGCAGAGUUUCUGCGCAGUGGCAGCCACACUACUCAAGAGGAGCUUCAGAAUCAUGAGAAUCAGUACGGGGUUGGUGGGGCGUACUACGAAAACGCACUUUUCAACAGCAGCUCCAGCGACACCCAGUCGUUCAGAGGAGAAGCAGAUGACGAUAGCGAAGACGAGCUGGAUAGAAAUGGUCCUCCAAUCCUAAAUAACAUCCCCAGUCCUGCUGUAUAUACUCAGCCUGUCUGUCCGUACCCCCCCGUCGCCUACACCCCUCAGCCAGAACUCAUGGAUCCAGAAGACCAGGAUUUCUUUUAAAAUUGUUCUGCUGAUUUGAUGUUCAUUUUAAAGACUUUUUUAGGAAGAAACAACUCUAAGGAACAUUAAUAGGUCCAUAAGGAUUGUAAAAAUAAUCGUUCCUUCUCAUUUGUGUUUAAAUUAUCUCUUACAGGCAGCGUGGGCUGUUAUUAUAUAUUUUUUUAGCAGCAGUUUGUAUUCUCGUACCCAAGUGAUGCGGAGCUGGGAAUAACACUGUAUUGUACAUACUGUAUGUUAAUAGUUUGUAGAUAGUGACUGUGCUGCUCUCAGGUAUAUCAGAUCAUUAGGACAUCACUGCAGUUGCUAAUACUUUUUCCUCAACUGCUCAAGACAAUGACUCAACACAUACAGUACCACAGCAUUUAUGUAAUUUAAGGAAACAGUGCCCUCUAGUGUUGGUUGAAGGAACAGUUUACUUAUAAGUGCAAAUUGUCUAUUGUUUGCUUGCCCUCAUCUUAAACCAAACUCAGUGUCUUCUGUGGAACGUUUAAAAGGGGACGUUUAGCAGAAUCUCCAAGUAUGUCUUUAUCAUAGUUCAGGGGUGCCUAAACUUGGUUUUGGAGGGCUGGUGUCCUGCAGAGUUUAGCUCCAACCCCAAUUAGACACACCUGAACCAGCUAAUCAAGCUCUUACUGGCAUGCUUUAAAACUUUCCAACAGGUGUGUUGAGGCAAGUUCAAGCUAAACUCUGCAGGACACCGGCCCUCCAGGACCGAGUUUGGGCACCCCUAAAAUGGUUAAACUAAACGAUGACGUACCAUUUCCAAAGGGUCCAAAACUGACAUCAAAACAUCUUCAUGGCCUGUUGUACUCCAUGUCUUCUGACGUCAUGUGAUAGAAUGCUGUUCAUUGUUGCACAACGUAGUAUUAUUAUUAUUAUUGAAUAACAGUUUAAAUUUAAAGCCAUUCAUCACACAAAGCUAUCUUAGUGGCUGUACAUUCCUAGUUUUUCAUUUUUUCUUUAAAUUUAAAUAUGCACUAGCCCUGUGGAAGCCAGUUUUCGCCACUGAAUUAAAAAUUAAAAAGGUUAUUGCGACCUUUUUUUUUUUUUCUCAGGAUCCUGACUUUUUUCUCAGAAUUGUGUGUCACAAACUGGCAAUUCCUAAUUUUUUUUCUCAGAAUUGUGAGAUAUAAACUCAAAAUUGCAAAAUAAAAACUUGCAAUUCUUGCAAUUGUGAGAUUUUAUCUUGCAAUUCUGACUUUUCUCAAAAUUCUGACUUUUUUCGCAAAUGUAUUAUAUCUCACAAUGACUUUUUCUUGCAAUUGCGAGUUUUUAUCUUGCAAUUCUGACUUUUUUUUCUUGCAGAUGCAAGUUUAUUUCUAGCAGUCCUGACUUUUUUCUGGCAAAUUGCGAGUUAUAUCUUGCAGUUCUGACUUUUUUUCUCACAAUAGCGAGUUUAUAUCUUGCAAUUAUGGCUUUUUCUUACAAUCACAAGUUUAUUUCACAAUGACUUUUUUUCUUGCAAUUGCAAGUUUAAAUCUUGCAGUUCAGACUUUUUUUCUCGCAAAUGAGUUUAUAUCUCACAAUGACUUAUUUCUCACAAUUCUGACUUUUUUCUUGCAACUGCGAGUUUAUUUCUAGCAGUUCUGACUUUUUUUUUUCAUGCAAAUUGAAUUUAUAUCUUGCAGCUGACUACUUUUUUCUCGCAAAUGUAACUCGCAAUUAUUUUUUCUUACAACAGCACUUUCUCAGAGUCGCAAGAGUAUAUCUCACAGUGACUUUUUUUCUCACCGUUCUGACUUUUUUCUCACAAUUUUGAUAUUAAUUUGCAAUUCUGACUUUUUUUUCUUGUACAUGCAAGUUUAUGUCUUGCAAUUCUGACGUUUUCCCUCAGAACUGUGAUAUAAACUCAAUUGUGAGUCAUACAGACUUUAAAAAAGGACUUGUAUGUUCUUGAUUGUGAGUAUUUAUCAAUUCUGACUGUUAUUAAGUUAGAAUAGUGAGUUUAUAUCUCAGAAUUGCGACUUAUAUUACACAAUUCUGGCUUCGUUCCUCAGAAUUGCAAGUUUUUAUCUCACAAUUCUAACUUUAUAACGGACAAUUGAGAGUUUAUAUCAGAAUUCUGAGAAAAAAGUCGCAAUCACCUGUUUUGUUUUUGUUGCUGAAAGGGGCUUCCAUACUAGCCAGACGUGUUUGACCGUUGAUUUGGCUUUUCGUGCCUUUUGCACACGGCGUUCUAAUAUAUGACACUUAAGUUUGUGGAAGGAUUCAUGUAAAAUGAGUUUAGAGCUGGAUUUCCAUAGCUUUUUCCAUAUAAACAUGGACUAGACUGAUGUGUUUGACCACUGCUCUCGCAACUCACUCCAUUUUUAUUAGUAUUUUUUUAAGUCUGCUGCCCCUUAUGGCUUUAGAAGACUUGGAAUAUAGCGCAACAUGAAGUAAGUUGAUACAAUUUUUGGAACUCACAAAAUGAUACAUUUAUAGGAAAUCCCAAAGGAACAUUGUAAGUGAAAAGUAAUAUUUAAAUGCUUCUGUGUUUAUGUUUUUUUGCGUUCUCAAGUUUUCUUAUGAGAAUGCAAAGGUUUUGCGAGGUAACACAAUAGUUUUGUUUCUCAGCAGAGCAAAAAACUUUUGCCAGAGAACACAAAAGCACUGAAUUUUAUUUUAUUUUAUUUUUUAUUUUUUUUUUUUAAUCGCCAAGUCCCUUUUAGUGCAGGGGUCUUGGAGGGCCUACGUCCUGCUGCGUUAAGUUCUAACUUGUCCCAACAUACUGGAAAGAUUCUAGUAAUCCUAAACACCUUGAUUACUUUAGUUCAGUGUGUUUAAUUGAGGUUGGGCGAAACUCUCCUUUCAUUCCUGCUUUAGAGAUUUCAGGGUGAACCAUCCUUUUUAAAAAAGAAUCAACUCAUAGAGGAUGGUCUGCAUCAUCUCAAGCGGGUUUACAUAUCUACAUGCUGCCAUUUCAUACUCUUUUCUUUUUAUUGAACUUUUGUCAGAGAAGAGAAUGUAUGUUUUUAUACACAUUUCAAGUUUGAGUCUUUAAUAUGGCCACCUAAUUUAAAUAAAAAAGACAAGUGGAUCAAUUCUCAACCAGAAUAUUGUAUUGUGUCAUCAUGUAAACAUUUCAUGUAAUUUUAUAAGCAGAGGUCACUUAUACACAAAGCUGCGAGGCAGAUGGUUUCAGACGCCAUAUAGUGCAAAUCAAUACCUUCUGAUGUAUACUGUAUAAAUGCAUACAUUUAACAGAACAGAGCAUGGCUUUAACAUAUUUUAUUUUAUACAGAG